AUGGCUCCAACCAAGGACCCAGAAGCGACCACUUCAGUCGAAGACCCCCUCGAGAAAGCCGAGGCCAAGAAGGAGAGCGGACAGGCUGCCCAGGAAGGACUCAAGGGCGAGGCAGCUCUGGAUGAGGCCAUUGCCGAUGCAGGCGGAGAUGACGUUGAUCCUGAAGCUACUUCCGCAGCGGACGAUCCGCUUGAGAAGGCGGAAGCUGCCAAAGAGAGUGGCUAA